AUGGCACCGAAAUUGACAGCUGAAGAAAGAGAGCUGAAAAGACGAAAUGCGGCACGAAAAAAGCUAGAAAAACAGCUCGAAAAGGAGCAAAAACAAGUUACUAUGAAAGCGCAUUGUUGGGAAUACGGAAUCGCGGAAUAUUCGGCAGAGCACUUUGUCGAGAGCGACCUGAAAAACUGCUCUUUCGAUGCAGAUGGAGUCAAAGUUUUCAACGGAGAGAAAGCAGUCGAACUUAGAUUCGUCGAGUCGGCCGGUUGCCGCUACCCAAGUCUCAGAGUGAAGCGAAAGUGGCCAGAAAUAGAUGAAAACGCGCAAGAGAUAGUUUACCAAGAGCUGGAGGAAGAGACUGUUUUUUGCUUUCGAGGACGAGUUCAGCAAUUUGACGUUUUCGUUCAAGUUUGCCGGCAAAAACAAGUUUCGUAUAUCAUCGUCGAUACAACGGAGAACAGAAUUAAUUUUGAAAAAAAAUUGAUCUCCUUUAAUUUGAACGAAAAUCUCGACGGGAAGUUCAAAGUUCUUCAAACCUCCAAGGACAGGACUUGGCUGGGCUGCACGAUUUCUGCGAUCAAGGCGAUUCUAGAGGCCCCGAGCAAGAGAGAAAAAGACAAGGAGCACACUGAGAUUGAUAAUAAAGUCAGAAUCACCUCAUCGGAAGAUUGCGACGCGCUGUUCAAGCGAUUUUUACUGACUAUUACUGGUAUUCAAGAAGUGCACAUUCCAUUGAUCAUCAAAGUCCUGCCAAACUUUCAAACUGCCCUUGCUAUCGCUUCAGAUGACAUCCAAAAAACCCGCGCCUUCGAAAAACUGGCGAAUUCCGACGUUGAACGAGGGGAAGGAGGUGGUGCUACCCACCAAAGAUUUGGGCAAAAGCUCGCUAGAAGGGUCUUGACAUUUUUCGACGAAAAGCCAAUGUCAACAGUUCUUGAUUGA